AUGGAACAGCAACAUCCGAUAAGAGAAGGAUUACAGGUACCACAUCCUGAUCAGCUCAUUGCACAUAUCCGACAGCGAUUAGAAGACACAGCAGACACUCAGAUUCAGCUAUCGUCAUCCAGAAAGCAGCUUCUGGUGAAACGCGAAAGACUAAGAACGGCCAGUCGUGUGAUUCAGCAGAAGCGGGUUGCUGCAGGCGAUGCAGAGGCUGCGUUCAUGAGUCAACUAAGAGAAUUGGUCAAUACGAACUCGGAAACUCUCUCUACUCCUCUGUCGGACGCAUACGAAAAGGUUGAACAAACACGCAAUGCUCUAGGCGAAACAGAAGACAAUUACCGAGAGGCGGAGAGCGACCUGAUGGGCGCCGAAUGGACGUUCAUGGAUCAAGAAGACCGAUUUUAUCAAUGGGACAUUCACAGCAUCCUCCCUGAAGAAAUGGCCGAUAGCUCUACUCUUCCGUAUGCAGUAAUGAGCGAGAAAAGCCCACAUCUUUCGACUUUAGAUCCCAUUUUUCAUCCAAUAAGGGUGCCAUCCUCAAGUCAAGUUCCAGAACUACCACCCCCACCGCCGCCUCCUCCACCUCCUCCGGAGAGGUCUCCGAUCUCUCAUCAAUUAGCUGAUUUAACUUUCCCCACCGAUGCCGAGCAGGCAUAUGCCACCAUGAUGGCAAGGGUCAAUGAGCUCAAAAGAGAAUUUGAUCAGCUACGGCAAAAGAAAGCAAGUGGCGCCCAAUGGGACGAUGUUCACGCGUCAUUUGAGUCUGAUCAGCUUCUUGAAGAUAGCCUAGCCGACUCUACUUACCGAUACGGUGACGUUGUACUCGACAUCUCUAUUCACGAGACAAUAGCUCAGCAAUUCAGAGCCGAAGAGAUGAUGCCAGAGCUGGGUGCAUCAGCACUGAAGAGACGAUACCCAAACCUAGCGGACUCUUGCAGACCAGCGCCAAUAUACUCGGAUCCGAUGCAACGAAUCCAACCCGAAAAUACUUUCAUGUCGAUACAGGAUCAACCCAACGUGAAUCGAAAGAUCCAGGAUUGGUCUCUAUCGCACCUUAAGGAAAGUCCAGUACAUAAGCAGCUAUAUUUCAACACACUUCAAGAGUAUGGGGUUGCAAAUUCAGCAGAGAGUGAUUGGAAGGCCCGUGUGACACAGUCAUGGGAUCAUGAUAACCUCACCAAGAGGGAAGAAGGAAGCGGAACUGAGGCGUCUACCGCUAAUGGGACAGGAUAUGAGCUCGAUUCUUGCCAGGAAUCAUGUGCUACUCAAAAUGAAAAUUGCCCGCCUCCAGUUCAACAUAACCAGGAAAGUAGACCACGCCAUAUUAAGCAUACGACAUCCAUAUCAGAGCCUCACAUAUUAAAUGAAGUGCUACCAGUGUGUCCUGACACUUUGUCAACACCGUCUACUUCUCCAAUACCAUUACCGGAGUAUGAAACCGCACACGACAUAGAGAUUGAUAAUCGGAACAAAACAACAAUCCCAGCCGUUUAUGUUUCGACCGAGCAGCAACUUGAAGCUGACAAUGGUAUGAAAACAAAUGUGUCCUCAACUCAAGAAUCAGGUAUCUCUUCUGGGAAGGUUGGAGAUACGGCACAAAGAAAAGAUAGCGCUCAACCUACGGACGUCACUCCUCAUAUUGACUGCGAGGUAGCGAACAUGCAUGGGCACGAAGUCAAGAAAUGCCGGAAAGGACAAAGGAAAGACUGUGCUGAGUCAACUACAGGAAGCACAGCCUUGGGCGAGCGCAUGGGUCAGCCGCUGCAACAUCAUGAAGUUGGCCUACAUCCAACGCAUUCCUUCGGUUCUAGUAUGAGAGGUGCGGGGCAUGCGAUGUCGGACUUCGAUCAUAAUGCACGUCCUGUAUGGUCAAGUCAUCGUCCGCUACUUGACACAUCGCCCGCUCCCAUCAACGAGACCCAACAGCGAAUUCCCGAAGGUCUGGUCACGCCUCACACUCAGCCGGGCCUCCAGAAACGAAGACACACGAUUGGUUGGAUUCGAAACUUGCUCCCUAGACCAAAGGGUAAUCGGAGUAAUAGCACUUCUUUCAUUGGAAGAUACCGUCCACUUGCUCGUUCCGGAAAGCAUUCGGUGUCGUAG